GAGCUGUUAACUCAACAGGAUGCCGUAAGAUAGUUCUGUUAUUCGUUGAUUGUGAAAUUGUUGUUUAAAUUGUUUAAAAUAUGUUUGUUUUGACUAGAGUAGAUAGUGAUAAGGAAAAAUUCAUUUUAAUUCCAUCCAAAGGAAUGUACACAAUCGGACGCUUGUCGACGGACUUCAUUUUAGCUAAAGACCUCAGCAUUAGUCGCAGUCAUGUACGCCUGUGCCUGCCCAGCGCUGGUUCAGCGGAGGCGCUCACUGUGGAAGACCUGGGCUCCAGGUACGGCACAUUUAUCAACGACGACAUUAAGCGUAACAAAAAGUUGAAUGCCAAAACGCCGACUCCGAUCCAGGUUGGAGAUAAGGUCCGUUUUGGUGCACUGGAGAACGUCUGGCAGCUGUCGCAGCUCAAGCUAAUCACAACCGCAUCGGCAUUGAGCCGCGCAGAACUUCAGGAAUUGAAUCAGCUCAUAAAACCUCUAAAUGGCACCAUCUUGCCUACUUGGACGGAUGAGUGCUCGCAUUUAACCAUGAACACGGUUACGAUCACAGUUAAGCUUCUGCAUGCUUUGCUGCAGAAUAAACCCAUCGUCCGGGUUGAGUUCUGGCGGGAGCUGCUUAAGUUCGCCCGCCGGCUUCACGUCUCCGAAGAUUGGCCGAGGCCAGCAGACUUUGCGCCAGUUCAGCCGGCAGAUAUGCCCAGCAUUAAGUGGCGUCCAGAGCGCACAAAACUGUUUGCGGGCAAAACGUUUGUGUUCAUGAAUCGCAAGCAUCUGGAUAUGUACGGCCCGGUGGUGCAGAAAGCAAGCGGCGCUUGCAAAGAUCUCAACUCGGGCGUACGGAAGCAAUUUCUAACGAAAUCCAAUGUCGUGGUCAUACAAUAUGUGACCUCGACUCAAUCGCAAGCAACAGAAACUAUUUUCAGUGUUCAAGGUAUUCUGGAGCAGGCUGGACUGCGCCCUAUACCAGAUUACGAAAUUGGAUUAGCCAUUUUGCACUGCUCCAUGGACAAGUUUUGUAAUCCGUCACACAAGAUAACCGAGAACUCGUUGGCUACAACUGAAUCAAUGGAUUCGUCAAUCUUAGUCCCCAAUACAGAGCGCACCCAAACGGAACGUUGUAGACAGAACAAUGCAUCUGAGUUUGUUGUCGCUGAGUCCCAAAGGUCGGAAAUAUAUGCACUCAGCGCGGAGAGUGAAAACCCGGAAUCGGAGCCUCAGUCGAAUCCGACAAAACAAUCAAAAACGAAGCCACACAGUAAAAAAAACAAUGCUAUAUACUUGGACUCCUCUGAUGAAGAUAUUGAGGUGGUUGAGCAACUAACUAAGAAACCUAAAGCAUUGAUUGAGAAUGGCUCGAAGCGGAAAAUUGAUCAUGUUGUCGAUUCCUCUGAUGAUAUUCAGCCCGAACCACAUCAAUUAAGGAAAAGAACGAAAACUUCAACCAGGCACAGCUCUGCUCAAGCGGCUCAAGAAAAGGAAAAAAAACCAGAUACACUGGCUAAUGAAGAGGAUCUAGUUGACGACUGUCAAUUGGCAAAGAAGAAAGCAAAUGAUUUGUCACAAAAACAGCCUGCAACUAAUGCAUCUAGGCGCUCAACUCGCUCCCACCCCCAAGUUGAGCAAAUUAUGGUUCAGACAAAAGCGCCUGCAUCGCCCAGACGUUCACCACGCGGCAAACAGACUGCAGGAAAGGCUACAUUGAGUAUAGCCCAGAGUGAUGAUGAUAGUGAGCAGGAUGAGGAGCUAUUUCAAUUCAAAACGCAGACUCCAGCUUCUGUGGAACGUGCACCCUUUAGGCCGACCGAAGUUAAUAUUGAGUCCAACAGCGUGCUGGCUGAGAAAUCUGUGCCCAGCCCACAGGUCAAUAAACCAGCCAGAAUUAGUGUGCGAAAUUUUCUGGAAAAAUCACAGACUCAUGUUGCAUCUCAAAAUUGUGGGUCUACUGCAUCUCAAACUCGCAAGCGUGUGCGACUGCAGCUCAUAAACGAGAGCGACAGCGAUGACAAUGAAAAUCUGUUCCAAUUUGGCGGAGCCAAGAAAUUAAAGCAGACAGUUGGCUCGAGCAGAUCAGACAAUGAUUCCAAUGAUGAGGACUUGUUCAAUUUUAAAGCACGUGCUCAACAAGAGCACAGCAAAGCUGAAAGCGACGACGACGACCAGGAUUCAGUUUGCACAGAGCCAUUUGUGCCCGAAACGAAAAUAAAAUCCAAGUAUAUUGUGUCUAAACCAAAGGAACGCCCUCGCAAAGUAGAUAUAAGUGCCUGGCUAUCGUGUAGCGGGCUACAUGAAGACGUCAAGUCGGAACCAAAGCCGGAUCCAGAUAUAUUACAAAUGGAUGCGGACACUGUUAAAGAGGAAACGGAGGAUGAUAAAGAAAAACUGGAGCACCUCAAAUGGUUGGCAAGCAUCAAGGAUAGCAUACAAGUGCGCAUGUGCAACAUGAGCAUCUGUCUCCGCGGCCCCGAUGAAACGGAUGCAGCUAACACAACUGAAAAUAAAUACAGCCAUCGCAAGAAUUUUAAGAAGUUUGCCAAGAAAGGCAAUGUUCACUCGCAGCGGCACAUCGUGGGACUGAAGCGUAUGCAGCUGGCCGAAGGAAUGGUCUCCGAUCUGUAAGUCAGCAUCAAUAUACAUGUAAUUUCUCUUGCUAUAUUUUGCUAUCAAUAUAUUUGCGAAACACGUUCAA